GUCUUCUGUGCACACAAAACGAAAACCAACAUUUCUCACGGACUAAAACUGAGCUAGUCGUGUUUAUUUUGGGAAAAGAGUAAUGUGUAUUUUCCUCCUGCAGUGUGUAUAUUUACAGUUGGCACCUGACCAACACUGAAUUUCAUAAGACUACAAGGAAGAAGACGUCGAUUUGCACCCAUGGCCGUGGAAUACAUCGAAAUAUUAUGUCGAUUUCUUUACAUCACUGGGAGAAUAUUUAUUAGUUCGUAAACUGAACGUUUGAGAUUAUACGAACGGAGGGCGAUGCGGCUCGUGGGCCCCGAGUGAUAUGGUCACCAUGAGCUCCGAGAAGGCGGCCGCCCGGCGCAAGGCAGACUCCAAUAAUGGUGGCCAAGCAGGGCCAGCAGCAGGGUCCGGGGCUUCAGCGGCGGCAGCCUCUAACAAUGAGGAUUCACCAAACCAACUCGUGUACAAAAAAAUGGAACAGAUUGUUGAGAAAAUGCAGGAUGAAGUAAGUGGUGUACCUGUCAAGACCGUCAAAAGUUUCAUGUCAAAAAUUCCUUCAGUUUUUACAGGUUCUGACCUUAUUAUGUGGAUGAUGAAGAAUUUAGAUGUUGAAGAUCAAGGAGAAGCUUUGCACCUGGCCCAUCUGAUGGCAGCACACGGUUACUUCUUUCCCAUUGAUGACCACAUGCUAACUGUGAAGAAUGAUAACACAUUCUACCGGUUUCAGACACCAUAUUUCUGGCCGUCCAAUUGCUGGGAACCUGAAAACACAGAUUACGCUGUGUAUCUCUGCAAGCGAACCAUGCAAAAUAAGACACGGUUGGAACUGGCAGACUAUGAAGCAGAGAACCUUGCUCGUCUCCAGAAGAUGUUCUCCCGCAAAUGGGAGUUCAUCUUCAUGCAGGCAGAGGCACAAAGCAAGGUGGACAAGAAGCGAGAUAAACUCGAGCGCAAGGUGUUAGACAGCCAGGAGCGUGCUUUCUGGGAUGUCCAUCGCCCAAUGCCUGGCUGUGUAAACACAACAGAAGUUGACAUCAAGAAGGCUUGCCGGGUCAAUAAACCACUCAAGAGCAUUCGACAUUUACAGCUUGGUGUGGCAGGGGGGCGUAUAUCCCCAUCAACAUCAGACAGUGAUUUAGCUAGUCCAACAGAGGCCAUCAAACGCCACAUAGCCAUGUUGAGACAGAGACUGGACAGACGCAAUAUUAAGGUCUCCAAAGUAGCUGAAGCGUGUAUCGGCUACUUUGAACAAUAUGUGGAGUACGAUCCCUUCUUCACCACACCAGAGCUCCCUAAUCCUUGGACAUCAGAUAGUCCGGAGUUCUGGGAGCAGGAGAAGACAGCGAAGGACAUCCCAGCACGAAGGGUGAAGCGCUGGGCUUUCAGUUUGCAGGAACUGCUGCAGGAUCCUGUGGGACGGGAACAUUUUGUCAGGUUCCUUGACAAGGAAUUCAGCGGUGAGAAUCUCAAGUUCUGGGAGGCUGUGCAACAGCUGAAAGCACUGCCUCAGAAGGAUGUUCAAGAUAAAGUGGAUGAGAUAUGGAUUGAGUUCCUGGCACCUGAUGCUAGCUGCCCCAUCAAUGUGGACUCACGAUCAUAUGAGAUAACCAAGAAGAACAUGGAGACUCCUGAUCGAUGGAGUUUCGAUGUGGCAGCAGCCCACGUGUACCAUCUGAUGAGAAGUGACAGUUAUUCCAGAUACUUGAGAUCUGAGAUGUAUAAAGAAUUCCUAAAUGGGUCAAAGAAAAAGACUUCGGUGAAGGGAAUCAGAUCGAUAGUGUCAUUCACAGCCCGCAAGGAGACGGCCACAUCCUAGUCUGAGUGUGUGUACUUGACAAGUCCCGUCCACAAGGAGGGUGAGGCCCUGCAGACCAUUCUGCAGAUGUCUGGCUACUUUCCCCUUGUGCCAGUUUUGGUUAUGUACAGUGUGAAUCAGUUGCAUUGAUAUCUGCACUGUUAACAGGUUCGAGAACAAGAGCCAUCUAACAGGAAACAUAGGAAUUACUAACACAUUCCUUUAUUGUUCUCCUCUCAUCCUUCAAAUUGUCAUUUAAAUGGGAGUAAGGAACCUACUCAGAUAUGUUCGUGAUCAUCACUGUCAUUGUACAAACCCAUAAAACCAAAGUUCUCAUUGGGAUGGAUGACUGGUAUGAUUUCUUGAUCAUCUGUCAUGAAACCAAAGCAAGAGUCAAAGUGUACAAUUUAUUUAUGAAAGGGUAUUGCUGUCCAGUAUUGUAAGUAUAUUUUCUCCCAGUAUUUUAGACCUGUAAUGACCCUGACAUUAAGUUUGCAUUCUACUGGAGAAGUAAUGCGUUACUGUAUAUUUUCCAGCAUGUCAGCUAUAAUUACUGAAUAAAGACCUUUAAAUUUCAUUGUAAUGUGAUAUCUUACUGUUCUAUAACUGGAGAAAGAAAGAAACUGCAUAAAGUCUGCACAAACAAUUUGAUGAAUUUUGGUUGUUUGAAGCUGCUUUACAUGUUUCAUUAUUCAAAACAGAGAAAAAGUCUUAUUAUUUUAUAUUGCAAGUUUUAUAUCUAACAGACUGGCUUACAUGACAUCUAUAUCUAUAUCAGUUUUGUUGCUUGUAAUUACUUUAACAAUUAGUUCUUUGAUAUUUUUCUCUGUAUUACUCAUUAAUGGUAUGGAGAAUAAAAAUAUCUAGAAACUGAUAAUGAUAUAUCAGAAAGUAAACUUCAAAGGAGGCACCAAAUGGUAGGAAAAAUUAAUGAAGGUUAUGUUAAACUGGGAAUAUGGAACAUUAACAUGUGAAGGUCAGUUAUUUAUUUUGGAAGUUCUCCAUUCUCAUGCAGGCCAUAGUGAGAUUUUUUUGCAUACUUCCAUGUGAGAUUCAUGGUGGACCAAGUGAUACUGGAACAUGUUUUUUGCCAAGUUUCUCUGGUUUUCCCACAAUUCCACCAUUGCUCCAAGCUCAUCUGUCACCACCCUGAAGUGUGCGAUAUCCCUGACCAGGCAGCACAUUAUCACAUUCUCAGUCUUCAAGUUAGGGCAUCAUUCUGAUGUGGCAUUUGGCUGGUUACAGGGUUAGGAAGUUCAUUUUAUAUCAAGAUUAGUCAUCUAGUUUGAAAGUUCGGCCAGUUUGUUAGAAAGAAACUGCAUCAACUUCCAUCCUUAUGCUGUCCAUAUGGAGAUUUUUCUGAAUGUUUGUCAGUGAGAGGUGCCAGAAGAUAUGAUACAAUGCAUUUGUCCUUUGAGAAGUAGUGUCACACAGGGCAAUGUUUGGGAGAAAUGAAAAUAUGCAUUGAAAUUAAAAUAAUAUUUGGUCUUUUGAGCAAGAAUUUAGUACCUUGUGUAGUAUCAGAAGAGUACAACACCAUAAAUAAUACAUAGUUCUUAAUUAAAAUACCAAGAGAGAAUGUAAUGAUAUGAAAUACUCUCAUCUGACAGAGUUUGCACUGCAUGUGUAGCUCUGACAAAAAAAAAAAGCAAGAUAGACAUUCAUUCAAUGGCAAUAGAUCAUAUCUUAGGCUAGGUUGCUAUAGAUAUGUGUUCCACAAUUACGGGUGUGGCCACCAUCAGUGUUUUUCAUUUUCUAACCUUUCUGUAAAGGUUGUGACCUCACCUAUUUGCAGUCAACUCGUGAUUGCCCUUUGCAGGUUUGGUGAUAUCAGAUUUUCUUUUUAAUGAGGAUUUAAAAAGAUAUUUACCUUUUUUUGUUGCCAAAACUGCAUGGACAUUAAAAUUGGAGGUUUACUAAUAGAUGGAAAUAAGUGUUGCAAAACACAGACAUCUGUAUAAAGAGAGAUCUUUUCUGUCCAUUCCUGUUGACACAUUCACAGUCAGUCUUGUCACCUUAGUGAUUUUAGGCUUUUACAAUGGUUAAUUAUAGAGGAUAGUUCCAUUUUUGGGUUGUUAAGCUGUGCGGAUGUGGGUGAUAUUGCCAAUGUUUCACAGGUACAUGUUGCCUCCAAAUCAUCAGCAAUAUCACCCACCUCUACACAGAGCAGAAGUCACAUCAGUCCUGUCACCUGACAGGGUGAAGUAUGCCAUUGCCAGAGCUGACCCUGUCAAGUGACAUACGAUUACCAUUGUGUAAGCAAAUGUCAUUUUCUUCUACAGUUGACAUUGAAAUGCAAUGAAACUCUAAAUAUAGCCCAUCAGAUCUUGAAAGAGUUGAAACAUACAGCAGUUUUUGAUUGUUUUAACUUGUUCUCAUCCAUUUCUGUUUCAAGUGCAGUAAGCUAAAAUAGAGUUUUUUGUGGAAGAAUACUUGAACCAGCAAGUAAAAUUCUGGGGGGGGGGCGUGAUAAUGAACGUGUUAAUUAAAUUUAAACAUAGGAUGUUUUCUAUGUCAGUAGACUGUGUUAUUCUCACAGAACUCUAAGCUGUAAGUUAAAAAAGUGUAAGACAUGCUACACAGUGAGGGAGGGUUGGAGACACACAGAAAUGAGUAUGGAUUAUGAAAAUUGUUUUCUUCAUUCAAGGGCCUUCAAACAUUGGUUAUAAAAUGAGGACGAGCUGACAGUUAUGUGACUAAUAAGGUAAUGAAAGUAGAGAUGACAGAACUUGUGGAUUAAAGUAUCUGACAUAGAUAAGAAUAAUGAAAAGUUAGUGAAUACAUCACAUUGUUCGCUAAACACUGCCAUGAUUAUCAUAAAGUAUACAAGAAAGAGAGAACCCACCAGGGUAGGCCCAUAAACAUUUCAGACAAGUUGUUCUUCUCUUGUUAUAGUGUUAUACUGUGUCUGUAGGUCUUUACUCUGGUGAAUUCAGUUUCUUACUCAUCUAUUUUAUAUCAAGGCUUCCCCUUGAUGCCAUAAUCAAAAUGUUUUUGUGUUCUUUGGUGUGAUCUGCAGAAAUCAGACAUGAUUCUCCCACUGAGGGAUAGAAAGUGGAAUAUUAUUGUCCCUCUUCCAAACAGACCCUUAUGUGAAUGAUCAUGAGUUGACUGUGAAAAUUUCUUUACAAAUAAUGUGUAUUAUUAAGAUUAUUCUCUUCUGAGGUGUGAUUCUGUGUAGUCUGAUAGAAAGGCACUGAUAUGUUAGAGGCAAUCACUGCUUCCAUCUUCAGGGUCGACCCUGAAGAUCAAGUAAGCAGGUUCCUCUGAAACAUGGGUACCUUUCUAUGAGAUGACAAGGUACCAUAUCUGAGAUGGCAGUAGUCUUUAUAUCCAGCACUGUGAGAACCACAAGUCUCAAUUAUCUAUUAUUGAUUGGACAGAAAUAUUGUUAAUUUCUCGGCAGUAUUUUACUGUGUAAGUUAUUGUUUCUAUUUUAUUUAUGUGAGCAUAAAUAGCAGUACCAGAGAAUAUUAUUGCCUCUUUUUGUUAUUAUUUAUAUCAAGCGAUUUUUAAAAUGUGAAGUGAAUUGUUCAGAAUAGGGAGUUCUUCCCUGUAGGAGUAAUGUCAGACAGGAAAGCAGUUGUCUUUUCAUUUCAUUUAGUCAGCAUUUUAUGUAUGUGCACAUACAGAGUGGUGCAUGGGAUUUUUGCAUUUUGAAUGUUAUCACAAUGAAUUGAUUGUAUAUUGUGCUUUCUUGCCCCCAUCUUAGGAACAAGAUUGAGGUCUGAAGUGCCAUGGUCUUCAUUAGUGCUUUCAUAAGAUGUUGAAGAUUGUCUGCUUUUGCUGUUUACAAGUUUUGGUAUUGAAUUAUAUUUUCAUCUUAUGUUCAGUCAGACUGUUUUCAUGGAGUCUGUCACAACUGUAAAUACUGUAUAAAUAAAGAUUACUUAUGUUAGCAGAUUGCAUACUGAAUUGUACUGUAAUUGAUAGACCAUAAUUGCGAGUAAAAUAUUCCAUUAUAUUGAUCAGAACUUCAGUUUUUCACUGAUAUUACAUUAUCUAGUCUGUGCUUAUAAAAAUAUUACAUUGCAUUGCAUUCCAUGGAUCCAAAGUUAGUCAGAAUGACUGUAGGAUGUGGAAUAUGUCAUAAAAGUACAAAACAUAUGUCCAGUCCCAAUGGAGUUCUCACACAGGAGAAACCAAGAAUACACAGUGACUACACACAAGGCUAUUUAAAAAUA